AUCGAUGCCAUCGGCGACGACAUAGACGUGGCUGGAGAGACACACCUGAUCCACGAUCCGGACGGCCAUCACCUCUACGGUGUGACCAACUCUACCCGAAAGGAGGAUCACAUCACUUCACUUAUUGUAUGGGUUGUGGUGACAAUGAUGGCCGCUAUCUUCACGGUCGCGGGAGUUAUCGGCACCGUUUGGAUCAAUCCAUGUUUGGUACUUUUCAGCUCAACAAUGAUCCUGGUGUUUGCCUUAUCCGGUAUAUUUCUGCCUGAUUUUAAUCUAACACUGCCGGAAGUCUCGUCCAACUAUUACCUCCUCGGUCUUGAAAUAGUAGCCAUAGUAUUGUCGCUAUUGUUUGUGAUUAUAUUGAAUCGUUGGGGCGUUAAGAGGAGACCCGCCCGUGAAAAAGUUGUUGAUCAG